UGUGCGGUAAACAGAGACGUUUGAACGCACCAGGCGCCCUUAAUUUGCGUCAGCAAAACGCGCCGCCAUGUGCAAACUCACUCGACGUUGACAUUCUUGUUUAUGCGUAAUUGACAUUUUGCUUUACGCCCAAUUGAAUUUCAACUUUUUCUUUGAUUGAGGGGUGUUUAUAAAUAACAGUCGCGGGUCAGUUUCACAAUUUACGUUACGCCUUUUGCGGGAGGACUUGCAAAUUAACAAAUGGGUGAUGACGACAGCAUGAAGAGCGGUGACAACAAGCUCCUAAAUAAUCAUAGUCACAAUAACGCGAAUAAAACAGUGGACCGUGACAAAGAAGACGACGAAGCAACCGAGAAGCAACCUUUGUCCAAAAGGCAACGAAAGAAGCUUUUAAAGCAGCAGAAAUGGGAGGAGGAGAGGGAUCUGCGAAAGCAGAGGCGCAAGGACAGGAAACAUCAGCGCCGCCUCCAAAGACAAACUGACUGUCAAGAGAACGAGGGCGAAGACCACAGCAGGGCGAGGAAGCGUUUGCGGCGCGAGGUCACGCCCACCUCGCUCAGGCUGGUGGUAGACUGCAGUUUCGAUGACCUCAUGUUGACCAAGGAUGUGCACAAGCUUCACAAGCAGAUCCAGAGGUGCUACGCUGAAAACAGACGAGCCUGCCGACCAGUCCAGUUUUACCUGACAAGCCUCGGCGGACAACUUAAACAGAGUAUGGAUGAAAAAGACAAAGGAUGGAUCAACUGGAAGGAUAUCAGCAUUAAAUUUGAGCACUACAGCGAGGUGCUGGCCAAGGAGGAUGUGGUCUACCUGACGUCGGACUCCCCCAACGUGCUGACUGAACUCGACCCCAAAAAGGCGUACGUCAUCGGCGGGCUGGUGGACCACAACCACCACAAGGGGAUCACCUUGGAACGGGCUCAGGAUCAGGGGAUCUGUCACGCCCGGCUUCCCCUCAGCAGCUUCGUCCAGAUGAACAGUCGCAAAGUUCUCGCCGUCAACCACGUGUUCGAGAUCAUCCUGGCAUACGUGGAGAAAGGCUGCUGGCGGGACGCCUUCUUCUCCGUGCUGCCUCCGAGGAAAGGAGCCAAGGCCGUGGCUCCGGACCCGGCAGAUGGCGACCCGCGAGAUGAUGGACAAGAGGACCAAGCGCAGGCCCGCUCGGACCCUGAUGCGCCAACAAAGACCGACAAGUGAGCGGCAAACUCGUGCACCCAAAUUAUUUAUUGAGCUCGUUACGGGCUCCUUCCUUAGUUGGCUUGUUACCACGACUUGACCUUUUAUUUCCGUUUUGAUGACUUUUGCUUUCUCGUUGUGCCAAAUCGAUUUCAAAUCCAACCGUAUGACAUCAUGGAUGUAUUUAUGUUUAGCGAAAUGGUGAACAGGCACGUUAGAAAUGUUGGGGCCACGGUGAAUAAAGCUUUCAUUUUACAAGAAUGAAGUUGGAAUAAGCAAAACGGUUCUCAUUUUAGGACUAUUUCAUCAGAGGAAUGCAUUUUUCUCGUAAAAUUUACAACUUCUUUAAUAAAAUGAACUUGUUUUUGCUUACCAUACACUUUUAGUCUUAAAGAAAAAAAUCAUGAUAGUUCAAAUAGUAGCACAAAUUUAUUUUGGGACAAUUACGAUUGUUCAUCUUACGCAAAGUGCUGAUUUUUCUUCAUACUACAACUUUGUUGUUUUUUUUCUUUUUUUUUUUUCUACUACAACAAUGCUUGUAAUUCUUUUCCCCCCGACAACAUGAGAAUAAAACCUCUCACCCCAAUUUCUUUUGAGAAGAUAAAACAAGCUCCCUUCUUUAAAUAAUAAAAAAUGUCCAAUGAUAUUGUGAUUUUA